AUGGGCUCCAACGCAGGGGGAUAUGGAAUGGCUCGCUCCGGAAUCUUUAUGGUUUUGAUGGGGUUGUGGAGGUUUAUCUCUGCUUGCCCUGCAUCCUGCACUUGCACCAUCUCAAGGAUUGCUUGUAUCGAUCCUGACCCAGGGAUCGAGGAUUUCCCUAUCCUUACGUUAGAUGACAUGGAAAUGGACAUCAACAUCACCGAUAUGUAAGUAAAAUAAAUGGCUACGCCAUUGUAGACAUGGUAAAGCCUACAAUGAACGUCACAAUUGUAUAAAGGUUAACGUGUUUAAGCAAACCAAUGUCAGAUUGCUAAAACAAAUACAUACAAAAAUAUUUACGGUGUAAAAUCGCAAAAUAAGGGGUGUCUACUAUGCUAUAGACAACUAUGCAGGCUGUUAAUCUCUCAUGUUUCUCCGUUUUGUAUAGAGACAUGGCCUAAGGAACAUCAAGCAAAGAUAAUAGUGUGGGAUAAUUCUCAUGCUAAAGAGAGUUUUGUGUGUGUGUGUGUGACUGUGUGUGAGCGUGCGUGUCGGGUGGUGUGGUUGCGCGCUGUUGGGAAUACUUGAAUUAGGGUAUCUUCCUCUAGAAAUCAGGCCCAAGCAGUGGUAGUAUUAAGGCAUCUUCCUCUAGAAACCAGGCCCAUGCAGUGAUAGUGGAAAUUAUAUUAUGGAGGAUUAUGGCAUGAUGUCGGCCGUGGCCCCAAAUUCAGGGACUGUGGGAAACACGAAAAAAACACGAUGGAAAAAUGUCAGAUAAAUGGUCCAAAUCACUAUUAUAAUGUAGGGUAGCAAAUAUCACGGACUCAAAUCUAUGUCGCCCCCACAAAAUGCCCAACGUAGCAAUGGACUAUGGAGUGGUUCUUGUCAAUAUCAAACACGUAUGUAGCUCAAAGUCACAGUGGUAUACAGUUGAAGUCGGAAGUUUACAUACACUUAGGUUGGAGUCAUAUAAACUCGUUUUUCAACCACUCCACACAUUUCUUGUUAACAAACUAUAGUUUUGGGAAGUCGGAUAGGACAUCUACUUUGUGCAUGACACAAGUAAUUUUUCCAACAAUUGUUUACAGACAGAUUAUUUCACUUAUAAUUCACUGUAUCACAAUUCCAGUGGGUCAGAAGUUUACAUACACUAAAUUGACUGUACCUUUAAACAGCUUGGAAAAUUCCAGAAAAUUAUGUCAUGGCUUUAGAAGCUUCUGAUAGGCUAAUUGACAUCAUUUGAGUCAAUUGGAGGUGUACCUGUGGAUGUAUUUCAAGGCCUACCUUCAAACUCAGUGCCUCUUUGCUUGACAUCAUGGGAUAAUCAAAAGAAAUCAGCCAAGACUUCAGGAAAGAAAACGGUAGACCCCCACAAGUCUGGUUCAUCCUUGGGAACAAUUUCCAAACGCCUGAAGGUACCAUGUUCAUCUGUACAAACAAUAGUACGCUAGUAUAAACACCAUGGGACCACGCAGCCGUCAUACUGCUCAGGAAGGAGACGCGUUCUGUCUCCUAGAGAUGAACGUACUUUGGUGCGAAAAGUGCAAAUCAAUCCCAGAACAACAGCAAAGGACCUUGUGAAGAUACUGGAGGAAACAGGUACAAUGGUAUCUAUAUCCACAGUAAAACGAGUCCUAUAUCGACAUAACCUGAAAGGCCGCUCAGCAAGGAAGAAGGCACUGCUCCAAAACCGCCAUUAAAAAGCCAGACUACGGUUUGCAACUGCACAUGGGGACAAAGAUCGUACCUUUUGGAGAAAUGUCCUCUGGUCUGAUGAAACAAAAAUAUAACUGUUUGGCCAUAAUGACCAUCGUUAUGUUUGGAGGAAAAAGGGGGGACUUGCAAGCCAAAGAUCACCAUCCCAACCGUGAAGCACGGGGGUGGCAGCAUCAUGCUGUGGGGGUGCUUUGCUGCAGGAGGGACUGGUGCACUUCACAAAAUAGAUGGCAUCAUGAGGAAGGAAAAUUAUGUGGAUAUAUUGAACCAACAUCUCAAGACAUCAGUCAGGAAGUUAAAGCUUGGUCGCAAAUGGGUCUUCCAAAUGGACAAUGACCCCAAGCAUACUUCCAAAGUUGUGGCAAAAUGGCUUAAGGACAACAAAGUCAAGGUAUUGGAGUGGCCAUCACAAAGCCCUGACCUCAAUCCUAUAGAAAAUGUGUGGGCAUAACUGAAAAAGCGUGUGCGAGCAAGGAGGCCAACAAACCUGACUCAGUUACACCAGCUCUGUCAGGAGGAAUGGGCCAAAAUUCACCCAACUUAUUGUGGGAAGCUUGUGGAAGGCUACCCGAAACGUUUGACCCAAGUGAAACAAUUUAAAGGCAAAGCUACCAAAUACUAAUUUAGUGUAUGUAAACUUCUGACCCACUGGGAAUGUGAUGAAAUAAAUAAAAGCUGAAAUAAAUCAUUCUCUCUACUAUUAUUCUGACAUUUCACAUUCUUAAAAUAAAAGUGGUGAUCCUAACUGACCUAAGACAGGGAAUUUUUACUAGGAUUAAAUGUCAGGAAUUGUGAAAAACUGAGUUUAAAUGUAUUUGGCUAAGGUGUAUGUAAACUUCCGACUUCAACUGUAUGUAUAAGACACAGGUUUCUAGCCAUUUAUCAGGCUUAGGCCACAAUUGUUGAAGUGCCAGAGGUGCACGGGAUGAGGUCUGUGUAGAGAAAAGAGUGUGUCUAUAGGCCUUACCACUGCAUGUUGUUGGUGAUAGUGAAGUUUAUCAGGCUUGUUAUUGUAGCAUAUGUAGGCCUAUAGAUGUACAAUAUUUCAGUACAGUAUGUCUAAACAAUACAGAUAAUUCUCAGAGUAAGCUGUAGAGUACAGUAGUGUGCCUGUCACCUAUAUGGUUCCUCAACAAAUCCAGAUAGUGAGCAAACUAUCCACACCAGCGUGCAGGUGCCAAACAUCUAGUCAGGGUGGUGUUGUAUCCUGUGUCCGGCCUGAGACCCUGUCCCCCUUCCUUACUUUAAUCAUAGGGGAACCUUCAUUGAUGAUGGUCUACUGGCAUGUCACCUUGGCAUACAAGGCAUUUUCAUUAAAUAUUAUGAAUAUUUAACAUUUAGAAUUAAUUCUAAACAUGUAUUAAUAUAACAUACACCACCAUCACCAAUCCAGGAGUUAUGUGCUCUAGUAUAAAUAUGUAUCUAUCAUCGUAGCUGUUCUAAUCAGUAGAUCAAGUAUUUGGAGGAGUGUCUGAAGAGACACUAGUUUCUACCACUAUCAAAUAUAUCUAUCAAAACAGUUCAGAAUCCUGUAACACUGCCCACCAUGGGCAUAAUGGCCAAAUACUUUGAUAUUUCCAUAUGUUUGAAAAUACUAUCCAUCUAUUGUCCCUUUAUAUCAUCAGACACUAAAUGCCUUAAAAUGGCAUGAGAAUUAAAUGUUAAACCUUGGUGAAGAUCUAUUGACCAAAACUUUGGUUUGCGAUCCAUUGUGGACCAUACAAGAAUGUCCGUGUGCUGGAUCUUCUUUAUGAAGAAUUUUCAUUUGAAAGGGAGUGCUAUUUAAAGUACUAAUUUAGGGACAAGAACAUGUGAAUAAUGUACUUUAUUUGUAAUAACAAUAAUUUGUAAACGUUGUAUUUCAAUUUUACAGAUACAUUGCAAAUCAAAACAGACUAUUUGACAUCAAUGAUAACAGCUUGAAGUACUACUCGAAUCUCAGAAAUCUGUAAGUAUUAAUACUACUCAAAUGUUGUUACGGUCAUUAUCCAGACUAUUGUAGCAUGUUAUGGAAUAUUUAUAGAGUAGGUUAUGCUGAACUUUGUUAAUAUGUAACAGUGACGUUAAAAAUAACACGUUUUCUCUCUUUAUAAAUCUCCCCCCCUGAACAGAACUGUGACGAAUACAGGACUGACUUCUAUCUCAUCAGAAGCCUUUUUCAACAAUACAAGACUUCAAUAUCUGUAAGUACUGUAGUCUUUGAUUGAUCCUCUGUUUGUUGUUUUCCUUCUCAUCCUUCUCUUCACAGAUUGAGCUAAUGUACUCUCAAAGAGCAAAUCUAGGGGCCACAAGCCAGUCAAAAACAAUUAAGGCAAAUUCAUAUUAUAGGGAAGUAGAUUCUUACUAUUUACCUCACACUGAAGUCAUUACUUCUAGUUGUGUGGUAAUUCUGGUCCAAAUCUGUAUGGAUUGGCAUGAUGAUGUAUAGUCAAAGGAGAUGGCUCAAGCACAUACAGAUCUGGGACCAGGGCGUGGUAAGGCUCAUGGCUGGGUAACAGGACGACAUGCUCAGCAAACAGUGAGGAACAUUGUGUUUAGUUGAGCAAUGUGAUCACUGCCAAUAGAGAUCCUAUUAAAUUACUAGAGGGGCUAUGUCAUAAAACCGAAAAAGUUCCAGAAUGGGGUGAAAAUGGCAGCCAUAUUGGUCAGGGAGAAAUCCAAAUCAGUCUAUUUAGAAUUAAUGGCAGUAGAGGCAUCAUCCUGAUUUUACUUACGCAGGAAAGGAAAAUAAAAGUAAGACGUGAUAUAUAAAAAAUGGUGUAAUAGAAUUAUUGUCAAACUAAAAGUGUAAUAUAAUUAUAAAUGCAGUUUGUAUGGGUUAUAUACCCAUUUUCUGUAUAGAUAGACUCUAAAAUAUAUGUGUGAGUGCUAUUAUAUGAUGCAAUAUGAGUACUUGUUGCAUUUACAACUUGUCUAAGUCCUAUCAUCAACAGAUUUCAGCCAGUGUAUGACUGUGGAUUGACUGCAUUGUUUGAAUGGAAUAUUGGCAUAAUGGCAGUUCAUUUUUUUAAAUUUAUGGAAUCAUUCCUCUAAAACUGGCUGGCUAGCUAGCUACAGUGCGGAUACAUUCUUCAAAUUCAUUAUUUUACCCAGGGGUUGGAACCGGUUCAGGGAACAGAACAGAAAACCUGAAAAUAACAACUUUUUUUGAGUAACAGAAUCAGAAACGGGAACCAAAGAGAUCUAUACUGUUCCGGAACAGAACCGUCAUUUGAAAAGCAUGGGAACCAGAUAAUAACGUUAUUUUACAUUCCAGGCAUUUCUUUUCAGUCCCACAAAUAACGCAACAAGGUGCAUAUGCCAAAGCCCUCACUCUGUCACUCAGAAACUUAUUCCAGUGUCUGCCUGCCAGCUGAACAUCUUUACCAGUGUGUGUGUGUGUAGGCUACCUGCCCCUCCUCCUCCGAAGCUUAGUCUAUUAGCCUACUGAUGUUACAAGUGUGAUUAAGAAAUUAGGGAGAGAUUUUUUAUUAGAGAAGAAUGGAUUAACCUUUUCAGUGCUAUUUACGUAUACUAUAGUUAUCACAUUUCACAUUGGAUUUAUUAACUACAAAAAGGUAAGACGUGUUUUUAAUUCUGGUGCCGCUCUGCACACACAAGCAUGUUAGCUAGCUAGCUCUGGUCCAACUCUCGGAAGUUCAAAGACAUUCAAUGUUCCUCCAUAGAAGCCGCUCCUCCGUAGGUAUAAUUCUGUGGGCCUAACUCAGAUAAUGCAUGUCAUAACAAGAUGCCCAGCUCUUCAAGCCAAGCCUCCUCCUCCACCCUCUCUCUCCCACACCCGGCCUCAAAAUUUAAGUAGCAUCUCGCGCCCUACACUUGGUUGUCCAUCACGCAUGUAAACAACUAUAGACUAGGCAGCCGAUAUCCGAAAGCACUAUCGUCUGCCUAGGCUAAAACAACUAUAGCUUUCCCGCUCCAUAGCAACCUGCUCUAUCUGCAGUGAAGUAAUUCAAUGUUGAGCUAAUGUUUUUUUGUUUUUUUUAUAUCGGAACAGUUAGGGGUGUAACGAUUCGUUUUAACAACGAUUCGAUUUGUAUCACGAUUCGUGGUUGUCGAUACGAUUCAAGGACGAUAUUGGUUCAUUUAGAACGAUACGAUCCGAAACGAUUCAGUGACUUGAAAUCGAUUCAGUAACCUUUUAGUCAAAAAUUCAACCAGUGUGACUGAAAUAAAUACCUGGUAACCAGUUGCAUUUUAAUGGCUGGCAAUAGUCUUGAUAUUUUUAACAGUGUUUCAUGCCUCCAUGCAGACCAUCUGGUAUUAUGAAACUUACCCAUACCUACGUUGACAGCAGCCCCGUAAAGUCUCACAAGUCCGUCUGUUAUGGCCUGUGCGGUUCGGUCAGCACCCAAUUCAAUCAGUCCAAUAAAGUCCGAAGUAAACUCUCCGUUGCUGGACACAGACACAAUGUAAACUAUUUCCUGCUCAGUUUUUGUGAUGUCCUCAGAUCCAUCAAAAAGCAUUCAGUAAAGGAACAUCCUCAGAAUAGGAAGACAUGGGACGUGCGUGUUUAGCUUUAUGCAUUUAUUCUCGGCUAGCUUUUAGCAAUGGCUUGCGCCACAUUCGUGUGCUCCUUGCUCUUUUCAUGUUGGUCAAAUAAAGGAUGGUUGAAAUUCUUUGAGCCUUUAUAAAAUGCACCUGUUUUGUCUGCUAGAUGUGGAUUUGAGCGGCAAAUCUUGCACCACAUUUCAGUGCGCUCAUCGUUAGCUUCAAGCCACUGCACAUCUUGGAGCCACUUUUCCGAAAAAAUAAUUUUCUUCGGCUCUGGCUCCAGUUGGCGUUUCUUUGUAGGUGGCGAAACGCCAAAAAGGCUGCUUAAUGUCUGUUGCUUUUUGGACAUCCCUGACAGUAGUUGACAAGCAACAUGUCAUGUGUAAGGUUAGAUGAGAAGAUCGGUCAAGUACGCAAAGGCACGUAGUAAUUUGUCGCGCUUGCGUAUCUGCGUACCAGUUAUGUGCACCCCUGCAUAUAAAGUCUGACGUGCUUAAAUCCAAUGGGUUAUUUCCUAGUAUCGAUACAAUCGAUUUAUUACAUUUUAAAACGAUGUUAGAUCGAUAUACAGUGGGGGAAAAAAGUAUUUAGUCAGCCACUAUUUGUGCAAGUUCUCCCACUUAAAAAGAUGAGAGAGGCCUGUAAUUUUCAUCAUAGGUACACGUCAACUAUGAAAGACAAAUUGAGAAAAAAAAAUCCAGAAAAUCACAUUGUAGGAUUUUUUAUGAAUUUAUUUGCAAAUUAUGGUGGAAAAUAAGUAUUUGGUCACCUACAAACAAGCAAGAUUUCUGGCUCUCACAGACCUGUAACUUCUUCUUUAAGAGGCUCCUCUGUCCUCCACUCGUUACCUGUAUUAAUGGCAUCUGUUUGAACUUGUUAUCAGUAUAAAAGACACCUGUCCACAACCUCAAACAGUCACACUCCAAACUCCACUACGGCCAAGACCAAACAGCUGACAAAGGACACCAGAAACGAAAUUGUAGACCUGCACCAGGCUGGGAAGACUGAAUCUGCAAUAGGUAAGCAGCUUGGUUUGAAGAAAUCAACUGUGGGAGCAAUUAUUAGGAAAUGGAAGACAUACAAGACCACUGAUAAUCUCCCUCGAUCUGGGGCUCCACGCAAGAUCUCACCCCGUAGGGUCAAAAUGAUCACAAGAACGGUGAGCAAAAAUCCCAGAACCACACGGGGGGACCUAGUGAAUGACCUGCAGAGAGCUGGGACCAAAGUAACAAAGCCUACCAUCAGUAACACACUACGCCGCCAGGGACUCAAAUCCUGCAGUGCAAGACGUGUCCCCCUGCUUAAGCCAGUACAUGUCCAGGCCUGUCUGAAGUUUGCUAGAGUGCAUUUGGAUGAUCCAGAAGAGGAUUGGGAGAAUGUCAUAUGGUCAGAUGAAACCAAAAUAUAACUUUUUGGUAAAAACUCAACUCAACUCGUGUUUGGAGAACAAAGAAUGUUGAGUUGCAUCCAAAGAACACCAUACCUACUGUGAAGUAUGGGGGUGGAAACAUCAUGCUUUGGGGCUGUUUUUCUGCAAAGGGACCAGGACGACUGAUCCGUGUAAAGGAACGAAUGAAUGGGGCCAUGUAUCGUGAGAUUUUGAGUGAAAACCUCCUUCCAUCAGCAAGGGCAUUGAAGAUGAAACAUGGCUGGGUCUUUCAGCAUGACAAUGAUCCCAAACACACCGCCCGGGCAAUGAAGGAGUGGCUUCGUAAGAAGCAUUUCAAGGUCCUGGAGUGGCCUAGCCAGUCUCCUGAUCUCAACCCCAUAGAAAAUCUUUGGAGGGAGUUGAAAGUCUGUGUUGCCCAGCGACAGCCCCAAAACAUCACUGCUCUAGAGGAGAUCUGCAUGGAGGAAUGGGCCAAAAUACCAGCAACAGUGUGUGAAAACCUUGUGAAGACUUACAGAAAACGUUUGACCUGUGUCAUUGCCAACAAAGGGUAUAUAACAAAGUAUUGAAAAACUUUUGUUAUUGACCAAAUACUUAUUUUCCACCAUAAUUUGCAAAUAAAUUCAUAAAAAAUCCUACAAUGUGAUUUUCUGGAUUUUUUUUCUCAUUUUGUCUGUCAUAGUUGACGUGUACCUAUGAUGAAAAUUACAGGCCUCUCUCAUCUUUUUAAGUGGGAGAACUUGCACAAUUGGUGGCUGACUAAAUACUUUUUUCCCCCACUGUAUGUUGUCCAAAAGGCCAACUCGCCGCGCACAGAUCGAUGUAGUUGGAUCAUAUGAAUAUAAAUCGAUACAUCGAUGUAGUAGAUGAAUCGUUACACCCCUAGGAACAGUGUAACGGAACAAAAAAAUUAUGGUUCUGUUAAGAACUAAACGAUUGGAAAAUAAUUUCCGUUACAACCCCUUACACAAUAUCUUAUCACAGCACUGGCAAACCACAGGUUGACCAACUCCCUGACCAAAAUGGCUGACCUUUAUCCCAUCAUAAGGUUCAAGACCAUUCUAGAAUUCUAAUUCCUAAAUCUAUGUUACUGCCACACGAGGGAAGGAUUCUAAUAAGUAGGAGAGGAGUAACAGAGGAAGUAGUCCUGUCCGCACACUGCAAAGAUAAUGGCCGGACUCAUCUAUCAGAACUAUACUUUUGUUAAUGUAUAGUUAAACUAUACAAGGUGCAACAUUUGAAAGGUGAUAGAGUAAGGAGAGCGAGCUUUCCAAAAUCACAUACUUUUUUGUAAGUCAUUUUGUUGGAACGACACACUGAUUAUUGAUUGAUUAAUUACAUUGAUUACAUUAUUUAUGUCUGACCUACAUUAGUUGCUUCAUUGUAACCUUUAUGAUGUAUUACUUUGACUGAUAGGAAUCUGAGAGACAAUAAGUUGUCAACACUGUCCUGGAGGACAUUCCUAAACUUUAACAUUACAUCUUUGUAAGUACCUAUCCCUAUCUACUAUGUUAUGUCAUGUGACUUAUUUUAUAGAUAAACAGCCUAUAAAUAUGUGAUUGCAGUCGUGGUCAAAAGUUUUGAGAAUGACACAAAUACUAAUUUUCACAAAGUCUACUGCCUCAGUUUUGAUGAUGGCAAAUUGCAAAUACUCCAGAAUGUUAUGAAGAGUGAUCAGAUGAAUUGCAAUUAAUUGCAAAAUCCCUCUUUGCCAUGAAAAUUAACUUAAUCCCCCAAAAACAUUUCCACUGCAUUUCAGCCCUGCCACAAAAGGACCAGCUGACAUCAUGUCAGUGAUUCUCUCGUUAACACAGGUGAGAGUGUUGACGAGGACAAGGCUGGAGAUCACUCUGUCAUGCUGAUUGAGUUAGAAUAACAGACUGGAAACUUUAAAAGGAGGGUGGUGCUUGAAAUCAUUGUUCUUCCUCUGUUAACCAUGGUUACCUGCAAGGAAACACGUGCCGUCAUCAUUGCUUUGCACAAAAAGGGCUUCACAGGCAAGGAUAUUGCUGCUAGUAAGAUUGCACCUAAAUCAACCAUUUAUCGGAUCGUCAAGAACUUCAAGGAGAGAGGUUCAUUGUUGUGAAGAAGGCGUCAGGGCGCCCAAGAAAGUCCAGCAAGCGCCAGGACCGUCUCCUAAAGUUGAUUCAGCUGCGGGAUCGGGGCACCACCAGUGCAGAGCUUGCUCAGGAAUGGCAGCAGGCAGGUGUGAGUGCAUCUGCACGCACAGUGAGGCAAAUACUUUUGGAGGAUGGCCUGGUGUCAAGAAGGGCAGCAAAGAAGCCACUUCUCUCCAGGAAAAACAUCAGGGACAGACUGAUAUUCUGCAAAAGGUACAGGGAUUGGACUGCUGAGGACUGGGGUAAAGUCAUUUUCUCUGAUGAAUCCCCUUUCCGAUUGUUUGGGGCAUCCAGAAAACACCUUGUCCGGAGAAGACAAGGUGAGCGCUACCAUCAGUCCUGUGUCAUGCCAACAGUAAAGCAUCCUGAGACCAUUCAUGUGUGGGGUUGCUUCUCAGCCAAGGGAGUGGGCUCACUCACAAUUAUGCCUAAGAACACAGCCAUGAAUAAAGAAUGGUACCAACACAUCCUCCGAGAGCAUCCAAGAACAGUUUAGUGACGACCAAUGCCUUUUCCAGCAUGAUGGAGCACCUUGCCAUAAGGCAAAAGUGAUAACUAAGUGGCUUGGGGAACAAAACAUCAACAUUUUGGGUCCAUGGCCAGGAAACUCCCCAGACCUUAAUCCCAUUGAGAACUUGUGGUUGAUCCUCAAGAGGCGGGUGGACAAACAAAAACCCACAAAUUCUGACAAACUCCAAGCAUUGAUUAUGCAAGAAUGGGCUGCCAUCAGUCAGGAUGUGGCUCAGAAGUUAAUUGAAAGCAUGCCAGGGCGGAUUGCAGAGGUCUUGAAAAAGAAGGGUCAACACUGCAAAUAUUGACUCUUUGCAUAAACUUAAUGUAAUUGUCAAUAAAAGCCUUUGACACAUAUGGAAUGCUUGUAAUUAUACUUCAGUAUACCAUAGUAACAUCUCACAAAAAUAUAUCAUAACACUGAAGCAGCGAACUUUGUGAAGACCAAUACUUGUGUCAUUCUCAAAACUUUUGACCACGACUGUACUAUAUGUGUGUGUGUUAAUGCUCUGUUUUUGUCCUCUAGUCCUCUCCUGUCUGGUAACCCUCUGGAGUGUGUAUGUGAGAACAUGUGGAUCAAACUGAGGCUGCAAGAGGACAUUGACAGUUCAGAGAGUCAAGAGCUGAAAUGCAUAGACGACAGUGGAGUGAGGAGGGCCAUCUCCAGAUUCUUUCUCCCUGAUUGUGGUAAUACCAACCCCUGAGACAGACAGGGAACUACACUGGAGAGAGAGCGAGAGAGAGAGAGAGAGAGAGAGAGAGAGAGUUUAUGGAACAUUGAAGAGCAUUGAGGAGCUUACUAAAAUGCCAGUGUACUGCCUUGAGUUUUCUUUUCAAAUGUCAGUAAACAGCUUGAAGUAGAAAUCAAGUGAAGGUCACUUAGGUGCGACUUGUACAGUAUAACAAUGUUGUUAAAAGUUCUGUUUGCGUUUGUCUCACAGAGGCUCCCGCAGUGGAGGUCAGUCCCUCUAUCUUCACAAAGACGGAGGGAAGUGAUGUCACAGCAGUGUGCAGUGCAACAGGGUCUCCUGCUCCUGAGAUCUCGUGGAAUUUGGACACCCUCUUCACCAGCUAUGAGGUGAGAUGAUGUUCUUUGUUUUGGCAUAUUAUGAUGGCACAACCCUCUGACUAUUACUAAGGCUAGGAUGAUGAGGCCAUGUUGUCAGGGAAUAACUCCUGGCUUUAUAUGUAACUGAACCCAUAACGCUACAUUUUAUUCAUUAUUUUACAUGAAACUUAGUGAGUGCAUACAUUUUUCAUACUGGCCCCCCGUGGGAAACGAACCCACAACCCUGGCGUUGAAAGCGCCAUGCUCUACCAACUGAGCUACAGGGGAAGAGCAAUAUAUCAUUUUAUUAUCAUAAUAACAGCACAUUAUUCCAUACUUUUAUAAGGUGUUUUAGAAUUUACACAAUGAUUUGUUAUUUACUGUAUUUACCGCGUAAUAUAUGUAACUAUUAAUACUACUACUAAUUCUAACGCUAAUAAUGCUAAAUGUAUUUACAGGUCAAUGUCUUGGAGCUGCAGAGCAAUCUGACGCUGUCAGGUCUCUCGCCUUCGGACAACGGCAGAGUGAUCACUUGCAAUGUUGAGAAUGUAGUCGGCCAAACCGAGGCUUACCUCCUACUCAACAUCCUCUGUAAGGACGUGUUCUGUUGUGUUGAGUACAUGUACCUUUUUUAUUUUAAUUUUAUUCUGGCACUGUGGUUGCAAAAUGCAAAGUCAUUUUCACUGAUUAUUCUACAGUGGCAUUUAAUCCUGGAUCUGUAGCAUCCUUGUAUUUGUGGUCUACAUUCUGAAAGACUUCCUCUGGUGGCUCUGUGUCCUUACUGAAAGAAUGAGUGUCUCACUUUUCCUUUAGUACUGUCCACUAUCCCUCAACAAUCUGAUUGACUCUACAUGUCUUCUGUCACCUUGCCAUACUCUUCUGCUCCUCAGUGCCUUACCAUACCCUCCCUCCUGUCCAGCCCUCCCAUUGCACUCCCCCAGACCUCCUUCCUCGUGUCUAGCACCCAUUCCCAGUACCCUGUGACUAUUCUUCCUUUCCUGUUCCUGUUGUCUCUGUGUCAGUUUGCCCCACUAUCCUGGAGCUGCUGGAGCCAUUGAGACUCCACCACUGGUGUAUCCCCUUCAGUGUGACCGGGAACCCCAAGCCCAAGCUGCAGUGGUACCACCAGGACCAGGAGCUCCACGAACAGGAGUAUAUCAAGACUGAGAUCCACGAGAGCCUUGGGAGCGUUCACCAUGGCUGCCUGCAGCUUGCCAACCCGACUCAUAUCCACAACGGGCAGUAUACGCUGGUGGCCAGCAACGAGUUCGGGGAGGACCGGAAAGUAAUCGACGCCCACUUCCUGCUCCCGCCAGAUGAGGGCGACUAUCCCUCAGGUCUCACUCCUGUUCAAUUUAUAGUUACUGUAAUUCUAUAUAAGAUGUUAUAUAAUCAAUAUAUAAGCUGUUUUAUAUACUCAGAAAAAAAAGUGUGCUAUGUAGAACCAUCUGUCCCCAUAGGACCUGAAAAAAGUUUCCAGAUAGAACCCUUUCAGGUCAGAUAAAACCCUUUUUGGUUACAAAUAGCAUCCUUUCAAGGGUUUUAUUUGGAACCAGAGACUCUAUGUGGAAGCAAAAAUUGUUAUAUGUGACCUGAAGUCUCCUACGGGGACAAAUGGUUCUACAUAGCACUCUUUUUUUUCUGAGAAUAUACUGUUUUCUGUGUAGCAUGGUAUAUGUAAUGGAUGUGUAUGAAUAACACGUAAAUUCCCUUUUUUCAGAACAGCCAUAUUACCCUUGUAAGUAUUUCUUAAGACGUUGCAAUUUUGCUAAGAAUUACCAAAAUGUGCUGUUACAGAGACAUGUAUGCAUUCUUUUUUCUCUUGACAUGACAUUAAGUUUAAGAGUUUAGGGAUAAUGACAGAUUGAUGACUCCUGCCUUGUCAUAAUUUCAAUGUCCUCUGUCCACUGCUCGUCCUGUGCUGUGGAUGUCAUCACAAUGCUGCUCCUCAGACACCACUGGUAUGUGCUUGAACUUUGAAAUCCUGUGGUCAACAUUACAUGACAUAGCUAAUUGAAUUGAAUUGAAUUUAUUUUGGGUAACAGACAUAUACAACAAAAUGUACAAUGUGGACCCAGAGGAUAUCACUUCAAAGUAUUAAUUAAAACGCUUGUUUGCAAAGUCGUCCUCGAUGGUAAAACAAUAACACAUAUAAUGAUUAAAAGGCAAGACAAACAACCAUAAAUACAUUCAUUUAUAUUGAUAUCCUAAAAAGUGUCACUAUUCACUGCACUUUUCCCUAACCUUAAAAAUCAACCAUAUUAAUUUCACUUUAAAACAAUCUAUUCAUGGCACAUCAUACCUAUCAUUCAAAUAAAUACACCUGACCAGCAGUAGGGGGCACAAAGGGCAGUGGAGUGGUUUCUCUUACUUAGACAACAUUGUCCUAAUGAAAAUGCCUGCUUUUUAAAGCUAUUUCUACUUUUUCUUUGCUUGAUCUCCAAGGGGAGGCUAUUCCAUAGAAAAAUGUCUGUAUAGAAAAACACUAGCUCUGGUAUUGUAACUGUGUUGGUUAUAGACCAUAUCAAUGUGGUUUUUCAUAUAACCUGGGGCAAGAUCAUUUAAGAUGUCAAACAUAUGAUUAAGUUUAAGUUGGUCCACUUUGGACUCCAAAGGCAACAAGCCUCCUAGGGGGAACAUUCAGCAUAUACCUGAUAACAUUCAUUUGCAUGACCUGCAUUCUCCACUUUACCAAGCAGAGCAGGCAUAAUCAAAAUGACACUGAAUCAAGGUUGAGACAAGCAGUUUUUUAACUUUAAUGUUAAAAUAUCUAGUGUUACGAUAUAAACAUUACAAUUUGUUUGCCAUUUUAGAAAGAAUUUUAGCAGCAAUCAUGUCUCCAGAAAGGGAUUGAUCUAGGGACACACCAAGAUAAGUCACACUUGUUUUAGAUUCAAUCUCAUUGCCUGCACAGUUUACCUUUAUCUUGUCAGCCCUAAACAAUCUAUGUUUUGUUCCAAACUAAAUAGAUUCAGUUUUUCCCAAAUGUAGCGACAAUUUGUUGUCAUUCAACCAAUCUCUAACAAAAUGCAAUUCCUUACUCAGGGUCUCCUCUAUGUAAACUGUAUCCUUACCUGAUACCAGUAUGGCUGAGUCAUCAGCAUAAAGCAGGAGUUUGCACUUUACUGUAUCUGGCAUAUCAUUAACGUAUAUAAGAAAUAAGAGAGGCCCUAAAAUGUAUCCCUGCGGUACUCCACAGUAUAUUUCUUUGGCCUCUGACAGAACAUCACCAACAUUACAUACUUGAGUUCUGUUGGUCAGAUAACACCUAAACCAAUUCACUGCUACAUCAUUUAGACCCAUGCAUUUCAGUUUCAUCAGGAGAAUAUCUUUAACACACCUUUAAUACUGUACAUAUCCCAACCAGACAGUAUUUUCAGCGUUUGAGAGGAAAGGAGAUUAGAUGAUGUACUUCAAUGUAGAUGUUUGUAUGUUUAAUGCUGUUUUCAUUCUGUAUUAAAUAUGACUUGUCUUUUUCUCUCAGACUCACCACUACCCCCAAUAGAUGACAGUGUUGCAGUAAGUUAACAUACACGCCAUCAUUUGUCAUGCAUGGUUAUUUAUAUACAGUAUUAUAAUGUAGUGCACUGAAAUUGGCAGGUAUUUUAUGUUGUUGAAUGGUGUUUUCCCAGGUGUACGUAGUGGUGGGAAUCGCUGGCGUGGCAUUAAUUGUAUGUGUUCUGAUGGUGAUCAUUCUGAAAUACGGAAGAAACUCAAAGUUUGGGAUGAAGGGUAAGCUUUUUCUUUAAUCUUAGUUAAGUCGUUUUUCAGACCUGUAUUAAGACUUGCAGGACUCAAGUCAUUUAAAUGAUAAUGAACAUCAUGCACAUUUCUACAGUCUAUUUAGUCCCACCACAUUCCAGCUUAGAUUUUGCCACAUAACAACAUACAGAAGUCAAACAUGAAAAAGACCUCUUCCACUCCUGUCAUAAUUAUAUUUCCUACCACUGGGCUCCUCCUCAGGCUCCUCCUCCUCGGUCAUCAGUAACGACGAUGACUCAGCCAGUCCUCUUCAUCACGUCUCCAACGGCAACAACACCCCGUCGUCCUCGGAGUUGAGCCACGAUGCGGUGAUCAUUGGAAUGACAAAGAUCCCUGUCAUCGAGAACCCGCAGUAUUUCCGCCAAUCUGGCAGCAUGCUGAAAUCGGACACGUGUGAGUUACCGUGUCGCGGAGGUCUGCUGGUGGUGUAACUCAGUCUUUUUCUGAUAAAUCCAUGACAGGGACACUGCGACUGGACUGUCUUCUCCGUCGACUUCCUGUCUGAUGUUACUAUGGUGAUGACUUUGGUUGACCUCUUGCAGUUAAUGCUGCUGUAUCAGACUACGGUAGAGGGGCUAUCACUCAGUGGAGGCUGCUGAGAGGAGGACGGCUCAUAAUAAUGGCUGGAAUGGAGUCAAUGGAAUGGUAUCAACCACAUGGAAACCACGUGUUUGAUGUGUUUGAUACCAUUCCAUUGACUCCAUUCCAUCCAUUAUUAUGAGCCGUCCUCCCCUCAGCAGCAUCCACUGCUAUCACUAGACAGACAUUCUGACCAUAGAUAGCUGUGGUAAACACAGACAAACACAUCUGACUAUUGCACUUGUUGCCCUGUGAGAAAUGUAGUUAUGUUAAUGGCUACCAUAAUGGGAUACCAUACUGGUCUGACAAGCGAACAGUACAUCAUUGUAUUUUCGUCUGUGUAUAUCCUCUAAACAGCAGUAGACUAGGGCUGUUGCUAUAGCUUCAGUGUAUGCAAUGAGUAGGGCCAGGAGGUUUUCCUGACCUCUUGACCUGACUAAUUAUAACUUGGGCCCAGAGGUUUUCCUGGUCAGUUCACCCUUAGUAAUGGGCCUUGUAUGGGCCUUUUGCCGGCAGGUAGCCUAAAGCGUUGGGCCAGUAACCGAGCCGAUAUGUCGAAAAUCUGUUAAUGUGCCCUUGAGCAAGGCACUUAACUCUAAUUUGUUCCAGGGGUGCCGUACUCCUAUGGCUGACCCUGUAAAACAACACAUUUCACUGCACCUAUCUGGUGUAUGUGACAAAACAUCAUCUUUUUUAAAUAGCUUAACUGUGUCUCUCUUUACAUCCCAGUUGUCCAGCACAUCAAGAGACACAACAUUGUGCUGAAGCGUGAGCUGGGAGAGGGGGCCUUUGGGAAGGUGUUUCUGGCUGAGUGCUACAACCUGACCCCAGAUCAGGAAAAGAUCCUGGUGGCCGUCAAGGUAAAGUACGGCCCUCCACGCAGUUAUUUCAAACAAUCAACACACACUUUACAAAGGUCAAAUGCUGAAACGAUGGGUCUUUUGUUCUGGCUUUGAUAUAUAAAAAACAUUUUUUUUUUGCUGUUUGUGCUUUUCAAUACAAUCUGAGUGUUAUAUUGUAUGUACAUUGUUUUGGAUUAUAGCACCACAAACUAAUAUCUCUUUGGAUUGAUUUGAACUUUGUAGGAAAGAGACUUUGAAACAAUCAACAAUCCCAGCAAUCAAUUAUGAUAAUUGUGUGUGCGUAUGUGUGCGUGCGCAUCCCUGUCCUCCUCAGACGUUGAAAGAAGGCAGCGAGAGCGGCCGUGCUGACUUCCACCGGGAGGCGGAGCUACUGACCAACCUGCAGCAUGAGCACAUCGUCACCUUCUACGGCGUGUGUGUGGACAGCGACCCGCUCAUCAUGGUGUUCGAGUACAUGAAACACGGCGACCUCAACAAGUUCCUCAGGUACCGUCCUGUGUCCCGAUGUCUACCUUUGUCCAUUCUUCCUGUGUACUGUAUUCAAAAGAAAGUAAUAAGACGAGGUUAUGUGGAACUUUGGCACAUAUGUUAGUGUGAUGGUGAUACUGUAUUUGAAUUAAAACUGGAUAACUGCAUUGCAAUGCAAGCGAAUGAGUUUGCACUUAUCCUCCUCUGUUGUCAACUGUAGGUAACUAUAGUUUGCAUUGUGUCUGACCCACCUGUGUUGUGGUGCAGGUCCCAUGGUCCUGACACGGUGCUGAUGGCUGAUGGGCAGCACAGCCUAAUGGUGGAGCUGACCCAGUCCCAGAUGCUGCACAUCGCCCAGCAGAUUGCUGCAGGCAUGGUCUACCUGGCCUCCCAGCACUUUGUCCACAGAGACCUGGCCACACGCAACUGUCUGGUGGGAGAGAACCUGCUGGUCAAGAUUGGGGACUUUGGCAUGUCCAGGGACGUGUACAGCACCGACUACUACAGGGUGAGUCUAACACACACACACACACACACACACACACCACACACACACACACACACACACAUACAAGCGGGACAGGAAUACUCUCAAGUGUAUAAUUGGAACUUUGUUCUGGUUUUGGUUUGUAACAGCCGUGCAGUUACAGCAAUAGUCAUUUUAACUAUAAAUAUUUAAUCUAUUUUUAAUGCCAUUUAAAUGCAAAUUCUAUAAUCUGCAUAUAAGUGCUGUUUCCAUGGUUAUAGGGGGCAACAGUGCAAAUUGCAGUUUUUUCCCUGAGCAAGGAGUUCAUGGUUGACUUUGCGUUUAAGCCGCGAUGCUAAUUUAGCUGUGAAUUCUACUACACUGUUUUCAGGCAAGUCUGUUUUUUUUACUGCUCUUAAAAUACCAAGAUUUCAUGAACACUCCUCUCCUUAUCACUUCUAUCCAGUAUCGAACCCAUUUCAUAUAAUGUGAGGAAAAAAUGGUCUACCAUAGCAGAUAGCCUGGUAGGCUAGCCCAAUCUGUUUCUGCUUUACCCAACUCCUUUGUUGUUGUAAUGCUAAACUGGCAUGGUAUUGGCUAGUUAAAGCACAAACGACCAGGCUAACGGCUAUCUGCUACUAUCUAGCCUACACUAGAAUAGUAUAGACAACGCUACAGACAUUACAGAUAGUAAUCUUAAACCAGUAAUAUGAUUUGACUGUUAGAUCCAGACAUGUUCUGUCUCCCAGUCAGCCCCAGUCCUAGGGUCUGUGUAGACAACAGUACCCUCUGCUGCUCACUGGCCCUCCCUGGGGAGAAUCAAUACAAAAUAGAUGAAUGUAACUGAGACCCAUCAUCCCCCAAUCAGAUAGCAGCAUAUGAAUAGGCCCACUCACUAAUACACAGAUAGAAAGACCAAGAAUGCGGCUGAACAGCACUUGGCUCAACACAUGGAAAGAUUUGCCACUUAUCGUAAACUGACAAUCAUGAUGUCAAUAUCAGCCAUGGCAGAAGAUUGUUAAUACCAAUACAGGCAAAAAAUGAAUUGUGUAAGUUGGGCUUAAAUACAUUUUUUUUUACAUAUCACAUCAUGACAUUGCAUUCCACGAAAACUCUAGUCCCACACACAAUACACAUUUGUGUACAUGUCAUGUUCUUAUCAUGAAUAUUGUAUAUUCUUCCUUUAACCAAUGGCCUUAUCGUGUAUGUUGGUUACUGACCUGACAAACUUAGUCCUUUCAGCUCCUUGUGGAGCGAAGUGACUCAACAACACCUAUCCGUUUAACUCCUUCUUGGGGGUAGUUUCUUUACUUCACUACCGUUUGUUCCAACCUUCAUCAUCUCUUCUUCAUUUUACCAUCUCUGUGGUUUUCCUGGAUGGUUCCUGAUGGAUCCUUUGUCUGUUUCCAGGUGGGUGGUCACACCAUGCUGCCCAUCCGCUGGAUGCCUCCAGAGAGCAUCAUGUACCGGCGGUUCACCACGGAGAGCGACGUCUGGAGUCUAGGCGUUGUCCUCUGGGAGAUCUUCACCUAUGGGAAGCAGCCCUGGUACCAGCUCUCCAACAAUGAGGUCAGUAGUCUCUUAUGACAGACAGCAGCACUCGAUGGGAUUUGGUUCUGGGUUCCGAGAUGACAAGGUCAGAGACACAAGCUCAAACCUUUCCUAAAGUAGAUUGACUACACUGGUACCAUAGCUAGGGCCCUGUGUUUUGGACAGUCAUGUCACAUGACCUGGAUUUUAACAUUUUAUUUAAAGCUUUUUCAACAAACUGUCCCCUUUCAUUUUUAUGUCAGAUCAUCCGGCACUACCCUCAGACAAUUGCUUUCAUUUUUGGUGUAAUUCUCAUUUCUGGAAAAAACUUAAAAUAAAGGUAAAACAUUUAGGUCAUGUGACAUGAUAGCCCAGAACACAGGGCCCUAACCAUAGCACCUGACCUCCAAUUAUGAGAUUUAUUGACAAAUCUCCAAACACAUCACUCUGCUGUCAUCUCUUUUUCAAAUCUUAUUUACAGUAGGUCACAUUCGUAUUGUCCAUAUAGAUUUGAAAUGUAUGCGUUAUGAAUAUAUAUUUCCAGACAAUCUAUUAUAUAAACCAGGGCUAAUAUGUCUAUGAGUCUGAAAAACGUUCACCUUGGUGAACCUCACAUUUGUUUAGAUGCUGUUGUUGUCAUAGCAAUGCCUUCCUUAAUUGCCCCUGUGGGGAUAAAUAAAUUUAAUUUGAAUUAAAUUGAAAAAGUACCGACCAGUGGUAGUGACCCGUGGUGCUCCCCCUACAGGUGAUCGAGUGCAUCACCCAGGGGCGCGUGCUGCAGCGGCCGCGUUCUUGUCCAAAGGAGGUGUACGACCUGAUGCUGAGCUGCUGGCAGAGAGAACCCUACAUGAGACUCAACAUCAAGGAGAUUCACAGCCUGCUCCAGAGUCUGGCCAAGGCCUCGCCU